GCCUAUUGCAUUGCCGUAUUGAGAUAACGAACACAAAGCGUGAAUCUUGGAGAUUCGAUUUGAAAAAAAUGCAACAAAAGAACUUGCACUCUGUAAAUAUUAAAUAAAAUCGAUUUAAGUAUUCUAUUUGCUGAUAAUUUAAUUACUUAUAGCCGCUUAGUGAUGAUUAGUGAUAUAUCUUCGCGAAAAGUUCUACUCAGUAUGGAAAACGCGUUAGAAUGUGAGUGUCCUACAUCAAUACAUCCUGUACUUCCUGUUGACUGUUAUCGUGUUAUAUACUCGAUCGGAAAUUUGAUCGUAUGACAACUAGAACGUCGUAUCCUGUUUUCAUGACUAGUUGACAUAUGUCAUGGCUACAUCUAUGGAAAUUGAAGAAUUCAUGCAGGGGCCUUUGGUCACCUGGCUGAAAUCCUGCUUGAAAAAUUCGGACCGGUUACAAAACUACGAUGAUUUGACUGAUGGCACUCUGAUACAUCAAGUAUUCCUUUUGAUUGAUCCGGAGCCUGUUCACCAUGUUGUCGUUCCUAGUUUACGAAAUAGUCACACUAGAAUUCGUAAUUUGAGCUGUAUUGUAAAGAAUAUCAAAGUUUUGUACGAAGAAGAAUAUGGUCAACUUAUCGUCGCUUUACCUGACUGUGUUACUUUGGGUCAGAAACCAGAGUCAAAAGAAGGUUUAGAAGAUAUGAGGCUAUUGUUGCUUCUUGUAUUGGGCGGUGCUGUGCAGUGUCCGAAUAAGCAUAACUUCAUAGAGAAUAUCAAAGCUUUGCCUGUCGACUGCCAGCACACUUUGGUGCAUUGUAUACAACAAGUAACUGAUAGUCAAGAAAUAGUUCUAUCGUCGGAAAAUUGUGAUGCGAUUACUGUCGAUUUAUUGCUGAAACAUGUCAAACGAUUGCUAAAAGAAAGAGAUAAUUAUUUUCAUUUGUGGUUGUCGAGUUUUGAUGAAAAAAGGUCCAGUAUAUCGAAUACUGUGUUGAAUAACAGCGCAACUGAAAGUCCUUGUCAACAUCUCGCUGGUGAACUUGCUGACUGGAAAACAAAGCUUAGAAAAAUGAGACAAGAAUUAGAAGAAAAAUCUGAAGCUCUAGGUGAAGCCAAAGAAGAAUUAGAAAGAAGUAAUUUAACAAUUUCGAAGUUGAAAUCCGAAAUGCAAGAGUUGAAACAAGAAGCACGAGUCGGUAAAGCGUAUCGCGACGAAGUUGACGCUUUACGUGAAAAAGCAGAACGCUGCGAUCGUCUCGAAUCCGAAGUUAUUAAAUAUAAAGAAAAGCUAGGUGAUUUAGAUUAUUAUAAAAGCAGAAUCGAAGAAUUACGACAAGACUAUCGAGUCUUGGAAGAAACCAAAGAAAUGGUCGAAGAACAGUUAGUCAAAGCGAAAAAACGAGCAGAAUACACGCUAAAGUUAGAAGGCGACUUAGUUCAACUUAAAAGAACCAUCGACGAGAUUACUUUGGAAAAAGACGCUAAUCAAGAAAAACUACACGAUCUUCUCGAAGAAAACACCCAACUCAGACUAACAAACAAGGCAAAUCACAGCAAUGACAAUUCGCUCACCAUAAAUUCGGAUAAUUUCGUGCAAAAUAAUUUGAGUUCGAACGAUAACAGUUUAUCCGAGCAACUAACUUAUAGCGCUCAGAAUCGGAUUUUAAGACUAGAAUUGGAGAAUAAACGAUUGCUUUCGACGGUUGAAACUCUCCAAGAUAAUGCUUUCCAUCGUAAUAACGAACGAAUAUUGGAGCUGGAGAAAGAUAAGAAAAAACUAUCUUUACAAGUCGAAAGUUUAGAAGAAAGCAAAAAAAAGUACUGCCAGCAAAUCAAUGAACUAGAAACUAUGGUGAAAGAAACUCAGAGUCAACUUAAAAGGGUUCAAGAUUCAUAUCAAAUGCUACAGCAACAAUUGGAGUUGAGAUGUGACGAUGCUGAAUUUUCAAACAAGGAAAAGAUUCGAUUAAAAGAGAAAAUAUCCAGCUUAACUGCCGAAAUCGACAAUCUCAAGCAAAAUGCUGAUAAUAGUGUAGAAAUAACCGAAUUGCAAAACAAAAAUAACGCUUUAGAGAAAGAAAUUUCCAAACUGAAGCGAACCGUUGAGGAAAGUAAUAUUUCUAUCGAUUUAUUAUCAAGUAAUAACGAGAACUUGGAAAAACAAAAGGAACAGUUACUGAAACAAAUAGAAGAUCUAGAUGGACAAAUACAAAAGUUAUCAGAUCUUGAAAAGGAAUCUCAAGAAUUACAGAAACAAAAUCAAAUAGACCAAGUAACCAUUACAAAUUUAGAAAACGAUUUGGUAUCGGAAAAAUUGAAAACUCAGCAAUUGAAAGAUAGUUUGGAUGCACUUGGUUUAGCCAUCGAUAACGUUACUGAUCCUGAUAAAGUUCUGGACAAAAUUGCCUCAAAUCCUGAAGUUUUAAAAGUAGUCCGCGAGCGUUUAGCUGAAGAACAGCCAUCCGAUUCAAAUGCUAAACUUCAAGUGAACAUUAUUACUCUACAGUCUCAAAUUUCUUCGUUGACUUCUCAACAUACAGCGUUACAAUUAGCGAACUCUCAGCUCGUCGCCGAAAAAGAAGAAGCGUUGAAAGAACUAUCGAAGUUGACCUCGGCCCAUCAACAGCUCAUCGAAGACCAAAACGUAUUACAACGGUUGCAUAAUCAAUUGAACUCAGAAUACGAUUCGUUGGUGGAGGAACGCGAAACUCUGAAAAAUAAUUUAAAAGAUACUCGAGCAGAAAAACGGAGUUUACAGGAGAAAUACAUGCGAUUAAAAGCCACCUGUAACGGUUUAGAAGCUGAGAAAGAAAAUUUCAAGAAGGAUUCCGAAUCUUUGAUCAACUUACGAACAGAGCAUUCUAAACUUAAAGAAGAUUUCCGAAACCUUUUUACCGCUAGCGAAAAACUCAAAAUUGAAUAUCGCCUGUUACAAGACGAAUAUAAAAAAGUUCGUUCCGAAGCUGGCAGAAUGAAAGUUACAGUUACCGAAUUACAAGGGCAGUUGUCGGCUAGUUCCGAGAAAAUUUUAAGCUUGGAGUUAGAAAUUUCUAAAUUAACGAAUAAAUGCGAACUACUCAUGCAAGUAAAUUCUGGCCUAGAGGAAGAUCGUCGUUCGUUGAUGGACCAUGUAACGUUGCUGCUUUCCCAAUAUCACGAAUUACUAACGCAGUCGAUGGAAGACAAAGAACAUUAUCAUUCCGAAGAAAAAUUAUUCGCAGAUAAAGUUAAUAAUCUACGUCGACAGAAAGAAAAACUAGAAGAAAAAAUAAUGGAACAUUAUAGGAAAUCGGAGAAUUGUUCCAUUAAAAAGAAAAGUUUCGGCGCUAGUAUCGUUCGAAGGGUUAAAAAAGCAGGAUCUGAGUUAAUCAACAAGAGUCGCAAAUCUGUUCACGAGGAAUCUGUUGAUAGACGUGCUACUGACUCUGAUACCAGCACCGAAGAUAGUCAGUCGAAACAAGCUGCUCGUGAUAUGGAUGAUAAUCUGAGUUGUCUAAGUAUACCAGGAACUAGAAGAACGGUUUAUUUAUCAGGCAAUGAAACCGUUGAUGGUGACGAUACUUCUACUGGUAUAUCGGUCAACGGCCAGGAAGACUUUAAUAAAAUGCCUUCGAUAGAUAAUGCACGAUCUUCUACUCCUUAUCAAGACCUCAGACCUCCGCUUCUAGUUUACAAUCGACUAACGGCGAAAGUAGGUGGUAAAAUUACACCUUCACCGAGUCCUACUCCUUCGCAACACAGUAAUAAAGAAUCAUCCACUCAGUCGGCUGAGAACGUGAAAAACGCUGUUUGGUACGAGUACGGAUGCGUUUAAAAAAUGAUCAUAAAAUGCCAAAUUAUUCGAGUUUUAUAAUUAAGAAAUUUCGUCAGAUUUACUUAACAUUUUGAAUUUUCUUUUGCUCGUUUGUCUCACAAGUCAAUUGUUGUUGUGAAUGAAAUAUUUGUGAUUUUGUGUAGUAAUUUUUUAACGGUGAUGUUUUUUUUUUCGUUUUUUUUUCUUUUGUAACAUUCUAGUUAUUCUAGUUUAAAGCGUGUUUUUUUUCUAUGUAUUUUUAUUAAUCGAUUUCGUAUCAAAAAUUGUGAAAAAUCUGUAUUUUACCGCCAGUAUUACGACUGUUUUUCCUAUGAUACAUUUUUUUUAAAAGCAACACCUUAUGUUUAAAAGUUAGCAUAAGCAUUUUUUUCUAUACUUAUGUCUCCCACACGAACUUAAUUUUUAAUGCAAUCAUUUUUUUAAAUUAAUUUUUAAGCGAAUUUUAAGUACCUGGAUUUGUAUAUACAUUUUUUUUUCUAGUUUUAAACUAUGAUCAUUAUAAAUGAUAUUGAUUCGUUCGCUUCGAGGAAAAAAAUAUCGAUGAAGCAAUUAUACGUGAAAAAUACCAUAUUCGUAGUGAAAUGAAGAAGUUCGUCAAGUGUCAUAAAUAAGUGUUCCUUUUUCUUCCCUUCGUCAAGAGAGUAUUUUGAAUUUUCUUGUUGUGUUGAACCAAGCUCGAAAUACUAUCUUUGUUCCUUUUCUUAAAAUGCUUGUUCCUAUGCCUGAUCUUGCCGCGUUCUGUAUAAACGCCAAUGGCAACUUUUUUGACACUUGAAUGAUCUCAUUUUUAUUUUCCAUUUUUGAUCUCUUGAAUUUUUGAAAAAAUUUCCGACUUCGAUUCGUCUUUUUUUUUUAUUUCACAUUCCUUGAAGUAUUUUAUCUGAUAAGAUUUUGGUUAUUUUUCACGUAAAUUGCGAAUAGUUGAGGGAAUGAAAGGUUUCAAGUUUAGUUCGUAAACCGACCUUAUAAUUUUUUUAAUUGUCACGAUCGUAAAUUUAGUAAAUUAUUUCAAAUUAAAUGUAUCAAAUCUUCGCUGUACUUGAAAAAUGCGACAUUGGUUUAAAAAACGAAUAUUUAUUAUCAAAUUGGUUUUGGUUAUUUGAUUAAUUAUUUAUUUUUAGACGGAUAUCAUUAGUUCCUAAAUUCCGCUACUGUAAAAUUCACUUCCGUUUACCUUCCAAGACAAUAAGUAAUUUAUUACAUAAAAGACUAUAAAGGGUAUUUGGUAACAUUUGUACGCUUAUUUUUAUGAAUUUCUUUUUUUUACAAUUUUUGUUACCUUGUUUUUUUGUCGUAAUAAUUUUAAACAAACGAAGUUUAAUUGUGUGCGUGUGAUAGUUUUUUGUCUACGUUUGAAUUUGUCGUAACAACAUUAUUACCCCUAAAUUUAUUGUACCUUCCCGAGUGUAAAAUGAUGAGCUUAUUUUUAAUUUAAAAUUUUUUACGUUUUGUCGUUGUGAAAGAUAAUUUGAGAGGUUUGAUUUUCUAUUGGUUUGUUGUAAGCUUAAUGAACUGUAACAAGAACUUGUUUUGAUGAUUUUUUUUUGCAUUAAUAAAUAAUUGAUUUUUUUAAA